CCUAUGCUAAUAGUUAUUCCUAGUUUCCCCUUUGGCUCGACAGCGUUUCAUUUCUUUGAAGGCUUAAAUUUCAUGCCUUGAGUUUUAAAUCAGCCUUGAGCUUGAACGGUUAAGAUGGUGUGCUCAAUUGUCCUCGCUUUCACUGCUUUUGUAUCACUUACUUUGGCAACUCCUGUAAUUUAUGAUGGCCGCGCCCCCUUCGACUAUACUAUUGAAGACCUGGACAAUUCCCUGAGCCCCUACUUGUCAGUAGUGAAAGGUAGUAUGAAGGCCUCAUAUUAUACUCAGCCCCUUAGGCAUGCGCUCAAUGCUACCCCAUUGUGGUCACCCAAUCUGUCGUCUCCAAUAGAGCAGCCGAUAAGGAUUUCGAUUGACAAUACUUCCGUCUUCGUCCCUGGAGGUGGCAUGCCUCAAAACGGUUUCCGCAGGACGGAGCUCAUCGCGCAAAAAGAUGGGAACCACACCGCCUUGGACACUGUCGCUGAUGUAGGAACCACCGUGUUCCAUGUAUCCAUUCUGGAGGAGUUGGAGAAACCUUUGAAUAUGAGCCAUGAGUACCAGAUCGUCUGGAUUGAGCCUAAUGAUGGAACCCACGUCUUCGAGAUCCAGCUCGGUUCGCCUUUCACCAUCCCCACAGGCACUGCACCUGUCUCUGACGCUCGAUUUCUGAAAGUCCGCAACCAUGCGCUUGACCUUCUGUUUGAGACACCAUUUACCUCCCACGACUGGCAUAACUUCGCGGUCCAGAUCGACUGGACAAGUCUUACCCUUGGCGUCUUUUAUUCAAUUAAUGGAGAACCGCUGAAAGCUGUCACUGGCCUUGUGGAGAAUUCGAGCGCUUCACCCGGUGCAGCUGGCCAAGGCGACUAUCAUUUCGGUGUACUAAAGCUUCCGCUCGCGAAUCCCGACGAAACAACUGCGCAGCAGGGUGAUGUUGUGCAUUUCGGCAUCCAGGAGGGUGAUACCGAGGUGCUGAUAUAUUCGGGUGUCUUCAUUGAGAGUAUCACUGGAGGUGUCAGUGCAGGAUAUGGGAAGACUAUCGCUCCAAUAUCUUGACAGGCCACUGCCCAGUUGAUGUUGCAGAGGUGAAUACUCAAGGCGGAUGGCUAGUAUGAGCGAAUUAAUUCACACUAUAGCAGCAGUGGGUAACUGGUUUCAUAGAGUCGAAAGACCUCAUCUUUCAAUUUUUCUAAAUUCCGGCCCUAAGGUUGUCA